GCUUAGUACGAAAACAUGUGUUAACUUAUGCCUAGGUGCUUAUUUCACUCGCACGCAUGUAUAUUGUCCAGGAAAACGCGUUGUAUCAACUACUUCGUCGGGAAAGCCAAAACAUGAUGAACAGUAUGACCUUGUUGUAGUCGGUCAUGGUCUCUCAGGACUGUGUGCCGCCAUUUCGGCUGCUGAAAAUGGCGCAUCGGUCUUGGUAGUAGAUCGAGAUCAUGGCGGGGGAGCUUCUGCAAUGUCCGGCGGUGUUGUUUAUGCUGGUGGAGGAACGAAGCAGCAAAUGGAGGCAUCAAUCCAUGACACUCCAGAAAAUAUGUUUAACUAUCUAAAACUCGAGGUCGGCGAUGCGGUCAGUGAUAGUACGCUGAGGCGAUUCUGUAACGAAAGUACUAGUAUGCUCGAAUGGCUGGAGAAGCACGGGGCAAAAUUCGAAGGCUCCCUGUGUCCGUGGAAAUGCUCAUAUCCCACAGAUCAGUACUACCUUUACUACUCUGGUAAUGAAAAAGCGCAUCCGUUUAACCGAAAUGCGCAGCCAGCUGCUCGCGGCCACCGCUUCGUCAAACCGGGCCUCGAUUCCGGCAGCGGGCUCUGGAAAACGUUGACUGAUUCUGCACAGAAGCUAAAUGUUCAAUUCAAACAUCUUUGCCAUAUCGAGUCCAUUAUAAUGGAGAAUGGUCGCUUUCAAGGCUUGCGUGCUCUGAGGGUAACGGAAGAUCAUGCAAUGUUCGCGAGGCACAAAAAACUUAGCAGGAAAGCGAAGUCGCUCAUAAUAUCUUCUCCAAAACGUGCCGCUAAACUGCGGGAGCAAGCAGAAGAGAUUUACAAGAGCGCUGCUCUUCCAGAAACAAUCAAAGCAAAAUCGGUUGUCUUGGCAGCAGGUGGCUUCGCCUUCAAUAGGGAAUGGGUCAACAAAUUCGCCCCCCAAUACAAGAAUACUCGUCCUCUCGGAUCAGGGAACGACUUGGGAUUCGGUAUUCGCCUUGGGCAGUCCGCUGGAGGUACUACUUCACACAUGGAUAGGUUCACAUGUUGGAGGUUCCUCACCCCUCCGUCAACAUUCCUGCGCGGUGUAGCUGUCGGGUUGAAUGGAAAGCGGAUUGCUGCAGAGGAUCAGUACGGCGCAACGUUCUCCGAGGCUCUGAUUCAUGACCAUGGUGGAAGGGGAUAUUUGAUCCUUGACUCAGAGCAAUGGCGCGAAGCUAAAGCCCGCAUUUCUGUGGAAUCUACCUUCCCAAUGAAUGUUCCUGCACUAUGGUCGCUGUACUGGAAGCAUGCACGUGCCCGUUCUCUGGAAAAACUGGCCAAAAUUAUCGGAGUCCCUGCAGACGUAAUGAACGAGACUAUUCAAGCCUACAACGAUGGAGUACGCUCGGAAAGUGGAGACCCCUACUUCAAAAAUCCUGAAUACUGUUCUCCAAUCAGCAAGCCUCCUUUCUACGCGAUCGAUAUCUCAAUUCGUGACUCUGCUUUACACUUUGCUACCGGUCUAUCAUUGGGAGGGCUUCGGGUGGACGAGGAAUCUGGGUCGGUGCUUUCUGAUAAAGGCACCACCAUACCUGGUGUAUAUGCUGCAGGACGAAAUGCUGUAGGACUGUGCUCUAAUCGAUAUAUCAGUGGCCUUUCACUUGCUGAUUGUGUAUUUUCUGGUAGGAGAGCAGGCAAACAUGCCGCGUUGGCUGCAAGAAGUGUCUUAUCAUAAUUCUAAUCGAUAUGUAAGCUUGGUUUAUAAUCUUG